AUGUCAAGACCAGAAGAACUCGCUCCACCAGAAGUGUUUUAUAAUGAUUCUGAAUCAUUCAAAUAUACAUCGUCUACUCGUGUCCAACACAUUCAGGCGAAAAUGACAUUACGAGCUCUAGAAUUAUUAAAUCUUGAACAAGACUCCCCACAGUUUUUAUUGGAUAUAGGAUGUGGAUCAGGGUUAUCUGGAGAAAUAUUAACUGAAGAAGGAUAUAAUUGGAUUGGGAUGGAUAUUUCUCCCAGUAUGUUAGCCACUGGGUUGGAUAGAGAUGUUGAAGGAGAUUUAUUUUUAGGAGAUGUUGGGAAUGGGAUCCCAUUUAGAGCAGGAACAUUCGAUGCCGCCAUAUCUAUAUCAGUAAUUCAAUGGUUAUGUAAUGCUGAUAUUUCCGGAGCUGAUCCCAAAAAGAGAUUAUUGAAUUUUUUCAACACUUUAUAUGCAUCAUUGAAACGAGGUGGGAAAUUUGUUGCACAAUUUUAUCCUAAAAAUGAUGUACAAACAGAGAAUAUAAUGGGUGCAGCUAAAGUUGCUGGAUUUGGUGGUGGGUUAGUGAUAGAUGAUCCAGAAUCUAAACGACAUAAGAAAUAUUAUUUGGUAUUGACUGCUGGUAUGGCUGAUAGACAAAUCAAUUUGAGCGGAGCAGAAAUGGAUGCUCCUGCUGAACAACAAACUAAAGGGUUAAGUAGAAAGAGAAAGAAGGCAAUGGAAAGUAAGAAAGAUUUUAUUAAUAGAAAGAAAGAAAUUAUGAGGAAAAGAGGUAGAAAAGUUGCUGAAGACUCAAAGUUUACAGGAAGAAAAAGACGUCCCAGAUUUUAA